UUUGCUACAAAGCACGACUCUCACAAUUUUUUGCAGAUCACAAAAAAUCGUCGGUUUAAACAAUCUUCUUUCACCAAACUGACGGUCGCUGAGCAACAUAAUGAGGUCGCAAAGGUUUUUUUUCUUCGCGAUGACAACCGUCUACAGUUUUGUUGUUGUUUUAUCAGCAUCAUGUUCAGCGAACUCCUGUAUAACACAGGAAAGGGUAUUUUAUCAUCAGACCAUGACUCCAUCCUGGCUGGAAAUGUACGCAUCAUACAUUGACAGCUCACGUGUACUGACCGCUUCACAGCUUACAUUCAACGCUGGAAACGUAAAAAAUGCUGCUCUUUUAAAGAUUCCCAUGAUUCCUGCAGGUACACUCAGAGAUUCAAUGCCGCUGACAAUUGAGAUCACGGUCGCACAUGACGUGAGCAUCGGACAAGGAACUGACAGCGAUAUCACAUAUGGUGUGUCAGAUGGUACCAGAAUUAUUGGUUUUACCACGUGGGACAAAUUGAACUUUAAUGACCGCUCUCCUUGCGUCGGGGUGGAAGGUGACUCCGGAUCUACCUUUAAGGGUAUUCGCUUCGAAUCACUUACGCCGAAAGCAAGCGACUCUUUCUACCCUGGUCAGUAUGACAUCACUCUCAAGCUGGAUCAACGCUGGGGAUCGUGCUACACAGCGCAUGAUGGAGGCUUCGUGAGGACCGCUGGCUUCAACAAUCGACUGAUGUUCAGUAAGGGACUUACAUUGGAGGUGUACAAAGGCGACAAAGACGAGAAAGUUGGCAUACGAUUCAUCAAGGUCACCAUCAUAGAGGAUGAGGCUUAGAAGAAGGGAUCUUGCGACCGAAACCAAUCGAUUCCAUCGGCAUUAGAAUAACUGUAACCAUGGUUAUAAGGACAGAGGAAUUUAGAUGAAGAAACAAAAGCAAGAAAUCUUAUAAUUGUACACGUUUUUGAUUGAUGAAUA